AUCACAGCCCGCAGUCACCGACCGAGAGAUCUGGGGGGGCCCCACGAGGGCGUCGAAGCAUGGCGUCGAUACCUGACGAGCUGACGAGCGAGGAGACGGCUUCAAGCAUCAGUUACUUAUCAACACAGCCAGUCAGACAGGCAGACGAUGCACGCCAUGCACACCUCUCGCCCGCGCAGGCCAGCCAGCCAGCCAGCCAGUCAGUCAGUCAAGUCAGUCGAAGUCUUCGGGCCCUUCGUAGUUGUAGGGUACCCUCUCCUUCUUGGCCGCACGCUUCAUCUGCUUGUACCUAGAACACGCCGCCAGCCACACGCACACCAUAGAUACAGACAUGCACCAAAGAGUGUCCGUGUAAACUGCAUGCCAUGCGUGUGGGUGGGGUCGUUCGUGUGCCCGUCCCCCCGUCCCGCUGCAUACACACAAACUUACUUGUUGUUAUUGAGCCUGGCUUCCCUCUCUUCCUCCUCUCGCUCAGCAGUGUACUCGCCGGCCUUCUCUUUCACCCACAACUGAUAUGUCGAUGAGGGACACACACACACACACACACACACGUCCCUUGCGGGUGUCCUGUCUGUGGCUGGGCUGCCUGUACGUCUGUCUGUCUACCUGUCUGUCGAAGGCCAUGGUCCGGAACCCCUCGUCCUGAAAGCGAGCCGAAUCGACACACAUACAGCGAAAGGUAGGUUAUCCGGGUGAGUGUCUGUCUGUCUGUGUACGAUUAAUACAUUACUUCAAGGGUUUCCUGUGUGAUGUCCUUCACGUUUUUGCAUAUGAGGUAUUCCUUCUCGCGGUCCCCAUACUCCUCGUGCAUCAGAGUGAACAUGACAAACCACCUGCACAUUCAUGGCGCAUCGCAAUUAAUGGUUGAUAACGAACACACACGCUCACACACACACACACACAGUUUCCUCCCCUCCCUCUGUGUGUGUUCGUCGGUCGUGGCCUGCCCGCCUGCCUGCCUGGUUGCCUGUUGGCUGACCUGACCUUAGUUGGAAUGACACAGAGUGUACGAGUGCGAUGGGCCAGGUGCACAAGACGCGGUAGAGAAUCAGGCUCUUGUAUGAGAAGCCCCGCAGCUGCGGGCAGGCCCCCUUGACUUCCUCCGACUCCAGCAGCUCCAUCACGAUCUUGGUCCUAAGCUUCUGCAAGGAAGGAAGGAAACCAACGCACACCAGGGAGGGCGGGAGGGAGAUGCAGCCCGUGUGUGCGUGUGUGUUAGUCAGUCCCUCACUCACCGCUUUGUCCUCUUUCUUGACUUUCUUCUUCUCGCAGCGGCUGUUGAACUCCUCGGCCACCCUGUUCUUGAACUGCUGGGUGCGACUCACGCGCCUGAAGGAAGGAAGCAAAGCAAAGCAAAGCAAGCAAGGAAGGAAGCCAGGAAGGAGAAUAUGCAUGCGACGAACAGCGCACCAAUGCCCAUGUGUGUGGUUUGUCACGGGACUGCUCACCUUCUGUACCUUUCAAUCCUUGUCUUCGCUUCCUGCACGCACCCAAUAGCGAGGAAGAAACCCGGAUUGAACACAGUGAGACUGUCUGCCCCAUCCAUCCAUCCACGAGUAGCUGACCACCCAUAUGCAGAGGUCAAUCAGGAGGAUAAUGACGGGCGGGAUCCACAGAGGGUUGACCUUCCGCAUCACGGGGGCGUAGCCGACCACAGCCGCGUAGUACGAGUCGGGGUUGUCCAGGAAAUAGUCGUACGCCUGCCGCCUCCCCUCAUUCGACAGCACUGCGUAAGCCUGACAGACAGACAGACAGACAAACCGACGCACACACGGACAGACACACAGACACCCACACGCAGGCAGACAUAUAGGCCCGUUCUGCUUGGCUGCGUAUCGUGUGCCCUUGGUUAGGCGCGAGGCGAGUCAGUGAGCGAUUGAGUGAAAUAGCGAGUGUGUGAGUGAGUGAUGCACCGACAUACAUACAUUGGCGAUUUCUUUGAAUUUGGCAGCGGCCUUGACCUGACUCUUGGCGUCUGGGGCCUUGUCGGGGUGAUGCUUCAGCGACAGGCGGCGGUAGGUCUUCUUGAUCGUCUGCGCAUCCGCAUCGCGAGUCACCCCUGUCAGAUACACACAUGCAGUGCACACGACAGACAGACACACAGCCAGCCCACCGUGACCAACCCGUUUGUAUACAUCUGACUGAGCUCUUGCUUAUUUGCAUUCGUGUGCGUGCGGACCGAGUAUCUCGUAGCAGCGCCCCUCCGGCCCCCUCUCCCUCCCUGAACACACACACACACCGACAGACACAUGUCACACAUACGGACGGAACGAACACAACCAGAGAUGCAUGGCAGAUCUGCAGUGCUUGCUUCUUGUGGGUGUGCCUGCUUGCUUGUCUGUCUGUCUUAAUUACCACAGUAGAGGCUCUCUGCCACACUCACAGCGUCUGCGGCACGAAAGAGCACCAAAACAGCCAACGCCAAGAGGCCAAACAAAAGCAUCAUCUUCGCAAUCAAAGAAGCCUUCAGUCACA